UAGAGGUAUGGUUUUCAUACCUCAGAUGUGGUCUAAAGUCAAACCGAGCUCAUUAUUGAACACAUUGCCUGCUCCCUCCCUUUGUCGUGCACAACUUUGGACCAGGACCCACUAUAUAGGACACAGGGUGCCAUUUUAUUGGGACACAACACCCUCUGUUCUGUAGAUUUCACUGUAGAUAUUAUUAAAAUCUGCAACCUCGAUCCCUAAAGAAUGGAAAACAUUGGCAGCAUUUUUAUGGGAUUGAAACCUACAGUACAUAUUUCUCCAAAUGCAGACAGUAAAGAUCCCCACAAGAUAUGAGGUCUUGUCUGUAUUGUUUUCUUGUUAAAGUCAGUUUGACUUUGGACCACAUGACGUAUGGAAACAUCUGACAAAGUUUGAAUAUGGGGUGAGCUAUAAACCUUUUUAAAGAAGUUGGCUGUUCUUAUAUUAGACUGCGGGUGUUUCAGACUGCGUGAAAAGCAAGAGGUUGCUAUUUGAAAGAGCUUCCACAGAUACUGUUGGUUGGAUAAGGAACAUGCAUUCUGAAAUGACAGAUUUAGACUCCUUGGACACAAACAAUAACAAAAGUUUCUUUGGAAAAUUUAAGAACCUACAAAGUGGGCCUCCAGCUCCACCCAAAAGGAUAGAGAACAAUGCGGGGUAUGGUGGGUGGCCAGAAGAUGAGUUUGAUGAGGAGGAUGGGGACACAUAUGAGGCGCCCCCCUGUGAGCGACCCGCCAUGACGGUUCCUUCCAGACAUGUGGAGGAGAACCUCUAUUUGGAGAGGACGUCAGAGCGGUCCAAUCCUGUUCUCCCCAAAAGGCAGGCAGCUCCACCCCCAAGGCCAGCCAAGAUGGUGCCCAUGGGCAAAGCAUUGAAACAGCAGCCUCACCCUGAGGAGUUCUACAUUGACCCCAACACCAAGAAACCGCCUGAGAUAGAUAGGAAGGAGAAGCCAGGGAAGAGGUCUACUCCUAAGAAGUUUGCCUCUUCCCCACCACAUGCAGAGGAAGAUGUCUACCUGGAUCCUAAUGAAGGACAGGAAGACAGUGAUGACCUGUAUCUGGAGCCCACAGCGGCUUGUCCCCCUGCUCCUCGUGGGCCCAUGAGGAUGCCCCUCCCACCCAAGACAGCAGCCACCCCUCCCCCCAUGCCCAUAAAACCUCCAGUGCCCAGAGCCAAGUCUAGUUCUUUAUUGGUCAAUGAGGCAAAGACAGCUCCUCCCCCUGAUAUCAGGCGCUCCAUGUUCCCUGGCAAACUGCCCCCACCCACCCUGGGCAUCAAACCCCCCCUCCCUGCAUCACUAAAGGAACCCAAACCAAGCCCUCCUCCCCCUCCUGUUGUACACUCUACUGCAGCAGUUUCUCCCCCUGGUAUGAAGACGACCAUGCAGGAGAAAGAGUGGUUCGCUGGAAACUGCGAUAGAAAGACUGCCGAGGACUUCUUACUGCAGAUCAACAAGGACGGGGCAUUCCUGAUACGUCACAGUUCAGCCCAGAAUGCCCGUCAGCCCUACACACUGGCUGUCCUAUACCGACAGAAGGUCUAUAACAUCCCCAUCCGCUUCCUGGAGGAGACGCGCGGCUACGCCCUCGGAAAGGAGGGCAAGAAGAACGAGGAGUUUUUCUGUAGUCUCCAGGAGAUCAUCUCUCACCACAAGAAUAACCAACUGCUGCUGAUCGAUAGCAAGAGUCAGGCCAAGCACACCACAUAUCUCACUCACCCAGCUUGUCCAUAAACUACAUUACCCAUACCCCCCACAAUGUCUCACCCACCCAGCCUGACCAUAAACGACACUACCCUUAACCCACAAAAUGUAUCUAUACCAGCCCGUCCAUAAAGUACAUUAAAUGCUACCAUUAAUAACUAAAUACAUUUUACAAACUUGGAAAUACUACUUUCAAUAGUCAUAUUCCUCACCCACAACAUGUCCAUUACAACCCCUCUUUUUGUUUUGUGAUGAAAAUGGCUGGAAGUGUAUUACAGUAUAUCUGUGUACUGUAUAUGUUUGUGUUUUAAAGUAUGCUGUAAUUAUGCCUGUAUGACCUUAUCAACACUUUUUUGGGGGGGGGGGGGUUGAUUUGAAUAUGCUUGCACCUGAAUAGAAUAGUGAGUAGACUAUGAAAAUGAAUAUUCAAUACUUCAUUCUUGCUCCGACUCCAUUUUAUGCAGUUUUGUUUCAGUGAUGGUGGAUUCACUUUUGGGUCUACACCUGUGUUGUGAAUACUGUAUAAGUGUUGGUCAUCUGUAUGUUUCUAUUUAUUAUAAUUAUAAUAAAUGUUCUGACAUCC